CUUGGGGAAGAAUUUCAGCCUCUUCUGCCGCCCUCUUUCCCACCCCAAUCUGCCCUUGCUCAUAUUCCCCUUGGACAGGACCCCUCUCCUUGCGAUCAGUUUCUUAAAGGACGAAAUUCUUUUAACUUACUUGACCAACUGGCGCCUCGAAAAAGCUCCAACGCAACAACAACCCCACCCCAACCCUUUGUUUUCUUCCCCAGAAGAAACGAAAGUUAACGGACGAACAAACAAACCGACGACUCAGCAGAAGGGCUCGGCUAUUUCCUACACGGGCGAUAGUGACAAAUUCUUGCUUGCUGCGACAACAAAAUCGGGCAACUUUGAGAAGAAGUUCAAGAGAGUUUGACGCAUUUGCGCAAUAUCGGCGAGCGCAAAAUUCCAAAGCAGACACUUUCUCGGAAGGAAACCCUUUUUACUAAGCGUCGUCCGCCGAAUCGAGACAGCAAGCUGUUGUUUCCUUUUCGAUACAAUCAGAUCCAACCGCAAACAUGGUUAAGGAAGCGAAAUACUACGAGAUCCUUGGCGUCUCGCCAAAUGCGACGGAGCAGGAGUUGAAGAAGGCGUACAAGAUUUCCGCCCUCAAGUUCCACCCAGACAAGAACCCCAACAACCCGGAGGCCGAGCACAAGUUCAAGGAGGUUUCACAUGCUUACGAGAUUCUUUCCGACCCACAAAAACGCCAGAUCUAUGACCAGUAUGGCGAAGCUGGUCUUGAGGGCGGUGCCGGCGGCGGUGGCGGCAUGGCUGCUGAGGAUCUGUUUGCCCAGUUCUUUGGUUCCGGCGGCUUCGGCGGUGGUCUUGGUGGCAUGUUCGGCGGCGGCACGCAGAAUCGCGGGCCAAGCAAGGCCAAGACCAUCCACCACGUUCACAACGUCUCCCUCGAGGACAUUUACCGCGGCAAGGUCUCCAAGCUUGCCCUUCAGCGCUCCAUCAUCUGCCCCAAGUGCGAGGGUCGCGGGGGCAAGGAAGGUGCCGUUCGCAAGUGCACAACUUGCGACGGUCACGGUAUGAAGACUAUGAUGCGCCAGAUGGGUCCCAUGAUCCAACGCUUCCAGACCGUUUGCCCAGACUGCAACGGCGAGGGUGAACUUGUCAAGGAGAAGGACAGGUGCAGAGGGUGCAUGGGCAAGAAGACGGUGGUUGACAGGAAGGUUCUCCAUGUCCACGUUGACCGUGGCGUGAGAAGCGGUACCAAGGUGGAAUUCCGUGGUGAGGGUGACCAAGCGCCAGGCAUCCUUGCGGGUGAUGUCGUUUUCCAGAUUGAGCAGAAGCCACACCCUCGCUUCGAGCGCAAGGAGGACGACCUGCUUUACAACGCCGAGAUUGAUCUCGUAACGGCUCUUGCUGGUGGAACAAUUUACAUCGAGCACCUUGAUGAGAGGUGGUUGAGUGUUGACAUUCUGCCUGGCGAGGCUAUCUCACCUGGCACCGUGAAGAUGAUCCGCGGGCAAGGUAUGCCAUCAUACCGUCACCACGACUUUGGCAACAUGUACAUCCGAUUCAGCGUCAAAUUCCCCGAGAAGGGCUGGACUCAAGACGAGGCCGCCUUUGAGGCCCUUCGGAAGUGCCUCCCAUCGCCAGAGAUCAUCAACACACCCCCUGCUAAUGCCAUGACGGAACCGGCUGAUAUCGAGGAUGUGGACGCCAGCUCCAAGGGUGGCUUUGGCGGGGCCACUGCCAUGGAUGAGGACGAGGAUGAUGGGCACCCGCAUGCGGAGCGCGUACAGUGCGCUUCGCAGUAAGGGAGGGCGGGGGAGGUUGAUGUGAUUUGGGGAGACUGGAGUUUUUUUUUUUUUUUUCUGCAAAAAAGUCACACACACCAAGACAUAUAUCCCAUACCCGCAGUAGCUCAAGUUUAUUGAUUACUGCAUCUUGGAUGUGGACAUUUUUGCAAAAACAAAAAAAAAAACAUAGAAAAGAGUCUCUUUCCUUGCUUAAUGAAAUAGCCCCUUUUGAAGAGGGGUUUUUUGAUGGACGGUGUGGAGGGUGGUGAGCAUGAGAAAAAUGUUUUAUUUUUCUUCUUUCUCAAACAAACAAACAUUUGCAUGGGCUGGAAAGACAUGGGAUGGAUGGGAUGGGGGGCAAGGCUCUCUUUGUUUGGUUGAUGUUAUACCUAAAACAAGAAGCUCUUUUUUUUUCUACUUGGUUUAUUUGUGUCGCUUUUUAUGUUCUGAGGUUUUCUUUGGUGGGUG